GUGAGAGGAGGACUGAGUUAGCGAAGCUAUCCUGAGCUUCUGGGGAUGAUUAUUAAUGGAAUCCAAGGCACGACACCAAGGGGAGCUCUCCUGGAUAUAUUUAAAAUCCCAAAUACUCGCUAAACUCAAUUGGUCUCGGAAAUGUCAGUAAUUGUGCUCCUUCGACCAACAUUUUUUUUUUUUUUUGGCGAAAUCUUUCGCUAGAACGUGAGCCAUUGCAUUGACAUUCCCUGUGCGCUCUGCAAUGGAGCCGCAAUCAGGCGUGCCUCCGCGGAGAUGGCACCUCUGCUUUGUGUUCCUCCCGGUGAUGUGGAGUGUCGCCUCAGCCGUGACACGAUACUCCAUCCCCGAGGAAAUUCCAGUGGGCUCCGUGGUCGCAAAUAUAGCUGGCGAUUUGGGCCUUGAUGCACACAGCCUCUCGGAACGAAAGGUAAAGCUGGAUUAUAUUCACAGCAAAAAAUAUUUAGAAAUAAAUAAAGACACAGGAGAACUGUUUAUCGCCAAGAAAAUCGACAGGGAGAAUUUAUGCCCCGCCAAGACCUCAUCGUUCUGUUUUCUUAAGAUGGAUGUGAUUAUCGAGAAUCCAAUACGCAUCUUUAAUAUCGAAUUGGAAAUUAUGGACAUUAAUGACAACGCGCCUCAAUUCAGGCGGGAAAGAAUACCGCUCGACAUAUCGGAAUCCGCGACGCCAGGGGAGCGGUUUUCCUUAACGAAUGCAGUGGAUGCUGAUGUCGGAGAGAACUCUAUCGAGACUUAUUAUCUGAGCGAGAGUGACGAGUUUACGAUUGAAAUUCAUUCUGGAAGUGAUGGAACCAAAUACGUUGACUUAGUGCUAAAAGCUAGUUUAGACCGUGAAAAACAAGCACUACAUACGCUAACGCUCACCGCCGUGGACGGCGGCAUACCUGCACGGUCAGGUACAGCUAGCAUUAUCAUCCAAGUGUUGGACACCAACGACAACGCCCCUCAGUUAGAUCUACAAGUUUACUCCGUUGAUUUGAUCGAAAACGCGCCGAAUGGGACCCUAAUUAUGCAGCUGAAUGCAACAGAUUUGGACGAGGGUACAAACGCAGAAAUCAUAUACUCUUUCACUUUGUACACAUCUGAGAAAACACAGGAGAAGUUCUCUCUGGAUCCCAGCAGUGGAGCAAUAAGAGUUAAAGAUGUGAUUGAUUUUGAAGAGGUUAAAAGCUUUGAGAUGUAUGUUGAAGCCAAAGACAAUGCGGUAAAUCCCCUGUCUGGUCAGUGUAAAAUAUUAGUGUUCAUCACCGAUCUGAACGACAACUAUCCUGAAAUUACAGUAAAAUCUUUUCAAAGUUCAAUCAAAGAAAGUGACCCCAUAGGAACAGUGAUAGCUGUCAUCAGUGUGAGUGACAGGGACUCUGGAGAUAAUGGUAAAGUUGUCCUCUCAAUCUACAAUGCAGAAUUGUUACCUUUUGCAUUGAACAAGUCAUCAGAAGACUUUUUUGCAUUAACAGUUACUGAGACACUGGACCGUGAGAAGACAUCCCAUUAUGACAUCACACUUCAUGUAACUGACAGAGGAACUCCACCUCUGACUGAUAACGAAACUAUCAGUUUUGUAAUUCAGGAUGUCAACGAUAAUGCACCAGUGUUCCCCCAGGCCCUUUAUACCAUUAAUGUGAUGGAAAACAAUGAGCCUGGGGCUCUAUUAGCCACUCCCACCGCUCACGACCCAGACCUGCAUGAAAAUCAGUAUCUGGUAUAUUUUAUAAUUGAAAAGGAGAUUGCCAACACGUCAAUGUCCAUGCUUUUUUCCAUCAAUCCAGAGAACGGCAACCUCUAUGCUUUACGCACAUUUGACUUCGAGAGGGAGAAGGAGUUUCUAUUUCAUAUUGAAGCUAGAGACUCUGGGGUCCCUCCUCUUAACAGUAAUGUGACUGUACACAUCAUCAUUCUGGACCAAAAUGACAACACCCCACUCAUAGUGUCUCCAUGGUGUCUGCAAGGCUCUGUUAUCGAGGAAAUAAUCCCAAGAUCGACUGAUAAAGGAUCCCUGGUCACCAAGGUUAUUGCGUUGGAUGCUGACUCUAUGCAGAACUCCCGCAUAACAUAUCAGUUUCUGCAGAUCACGGACACUACGCUGUUUAGCCUUGACCAGUACAAUGGUGAGAUACGAACCACACGUAUGUUCAGCUAUAGGGAUCCCAGACAUCAACGGCUGGUCAUCACGGCCAGAGACAAUGGAGAACCUCCUCGCUCUGCCACGAUGACCAUCAAAAUCUCCAUAGUGGAGCAAGUGGUGACGCAGUUUACAGAAACCACAGAGGUGCCUAUUGAAUAUGACUUAUUCACUGAUCUAAACCUGUAUUUGCUCAUUGGUUUGGGUUCAGUGUUGUUUUUGCUGCUCAUCACUAUUCUGGUCAUCAUAGUCCUUAAAUGUCAAGAACCGAAACAAUCGAAUGCGGCUCCACAUGGUAGGAACAGCAUCGUUAGCCAGAGAAACUCCACUAUUGCUGACUCUACGCUAAUCUCUAGUGAUGCCUAUUGGUACAGUCUAUUUCUGGCAGAGACCAGAAAGGGAAAGGUGGUGGUACGGCAGCCCCUUCCUAACGGGGCAGGGUUUAUUGUGUCAAGUGUCCCAGGAAGUGCUGCACUGACUGAGACCAGUGCAUCAAGGUCUUCAACAUUACAGGAGUCGAGCAGUGAUUUACCAUGAGCUGACUGAUGGAUUACAACAUUCUACAACUGCCAGGAUCUCUGUCCUUGAGGGGAUGACUGAUCACUUGUUAAUCAUUACUUCAGGGUUUAACUCAUGCAAGACUGUAUGUCAGUCACUUGUAACCACAUCGAGCAUGACUUUGCAUGGCUAAGUGAAGGAUUAAAAAAACACAUUUAUCUAAAAGACUUAUAAAUAGACACUACAAUAGAGGAGAGAGAGAAGUAAUACUUCCAGACUACUGGGAAAACGGAACUGAACUGGAUAGAGUCUCGCACACAUUCAUUUUGGAUUUAUGGAUUCAGGAAGACAUGAACUGCACAGACAUUAGUAGCAGAGAUCAAACAAGAGACAAGAUCUUGUUUAAAAGGAGUUCAUUAUAAUUUUACAUAGAUAAAACAUGCUGACAAGAAAGCUGUGAUCUGAUGAGCACAAUCUUAUGAGCCAGGCAUUGACUUUACCUCAAAAUAUUUUCUUUUACAUGUACGUGGUAUAUAUGCAGUACUGUGCAAAAGUCUUAGGCACAUAAGAUGUUUCACAAAUGCAUUUGUCUUAAGAUGGGUAUUUAUAUCUUCAGCUUUAGUGUGUCAAUAGGAAAUAUAAAUAUUAGUCUCCCAAACAUUACUUUUGCAAAUAGAAAUGAUUGGAAUAGAAGAACAGGGAGCCCUGCAAUAGAUGUCAUGGCCCCACAGAGCCCCCCCACUGAACACUGAGUUAGUCUGAGAUGACAUAAAGAGACAGAAGCAAUUGAGGCAGCCCAAACAGACAGAAGAUGUGGUGAAUUCUCCAAGAAGCUUGGAACAUCCUAUCAGCCAACAACCAAGAAAAACGGUGUCCAGGUGUACCUAGGAGAUUUGGUGCUGUUCUGAAGGCAAAGCUGGUCACACCGAAUAUUGAUUUAGCUUUUUUAUGUUUACUGGACUUUGUAUGACAUUAAGUGAGAAAUGAAACUGUUUAUGUCAUUAUUUUUGAAGACAUCCUCACUAUGCAACAUUUUUUACAGGUGCCAAAAACUUUUGCACUGUACUGUAUAUACAGUGAAAAUUAGAUUAAUAUUAUUUUCUGCUGCCCACCAAAUGUAUAAAAUCAUUUGCCUUCGCCAAGUAGAUUUUAUAAAUUCAUAAAAUAUACUGUUUUAAUACUGGAAAUAUGACAAAGAGAAAUCACAUCAGUAUGUCAGCCAAAGCGACAUGCCAAAACUUUACUGAAAACGAAGGGGACAGCGAAAAAUAUUUUUGGUGCAAAACUCAGUAUACUACAUUAUAUACUGUAUAUAUACAUAUAAACAUACAAAUCUACUUGUUUUCAGAUGCUAGCAAAUUAUCAGAACUACAAUAUUAUCUUGACACAAACAGAAAGAAUUAACAACCAUGAUUAUAGUAAUAUUGAACUUGCAUGUGGCUGCGUUGCAUAUGUGUCUGUGUUUGUUUAUUUGAAAAGUUUGACCUAAAAAAAUUAUGUUUACUGUUCAGCCGGUUCCCGCCUCCUCCUUGCCCAUCCUUUUUUAAAUUUUCUCCCCAAUUUGGAAUGCUCAAAUCCCAAUACGCUCUAGAUCCUCGUGGUGGCAUAGUGACUCACCUCAAUCCAGGUGGUGGAGGACAAAUCUUAGUUGCCUCCACGUCUGAGACCGUCAAUCUGUGCAUCUUUUCACAUGGUGUGUUGAGCGCAUUACCGCGGAGACAUAGUGUGUGUGGAGGCUUCACGCCAUUCUCCGUGGCAUCAGCUCACCACGUGCCCCAUUUAGAGCGAACCACAUUAUAUCGACCAUGAGGAGGUUACCCCAUGUGAUUCUACCCUCCCUAGCAACCGGAAAAUUUGGUUGCUUAGGAGACCUGGCUGGAGUACCUCAGUAUACCCUGGAUACAAAGUCGCGACUCCAGGUGUGGUAGUCAGCAUCUUUACUCAUUGAGCUACCCAGGCCCCCUCCUUGCCUAUGCUUAAACUGUUACAGUGGUGCCAAAACCCGGAAGUGAGGAGGGAUGCACUGUCGGAGUCCUCGCCACUGCCAUCUGCCAGGGGAGCAGCCAUGGCCAUCUUCCUGGGAUGGAGGGGUUGCUGCUGGUUGCCGAGAGCCUGAGGAACUGCUGCCGUCCACCGAGAAGGGGAGGAGCGGUUCCGUCUGCCAGGGGUCAGAGGUCUCACUGCCGUCCGCCGGGGGAGGAGUGAGUUGUUGAGGAGAUGUGGAGGGGGAGUAGGUCAGUCUGCUGGCACCCUGACCUGAAUCAGACGGGGGAGGAAUCAGCUGAUCAGCGGGAGAGUGAGAAAAUUAGAGUCACGCUGUUAGAGAGAGAGAGACGCAUGCAGCCACGUUACAUGUGUGUCUGUGUUUGUUUAUGUUUGUUUUAAGUUAAGUUUGAAAUUAAAACUUUGUUUGCUGUUCAGCCGGUUCCAGCCUCCUCCUUGUCCAUCCUUAAACUGUUACAGAACUCUUAAAUCUUUUUUGUACAAGAGUUAACAGUUUCUUUUAAACUGCUGUUCAGUGUCAUUUUUGGCCUUGUUCAUUGCAAUUCUUGAAGUUUUAUUGUUUUAUAUUAUGAAACUGUCAAAAUCUUGACAUCUUUUAUGCUGUUUCUUAUAUGAUGAACACUGUGCAGUGUUUUAAGCACCAAAAUUUGUGGUGAAAUAUUUGGCAAAAGUGUAAUUAUUUAAUUACAGGAAUAAAAAUGGCAUUCUCUCUCUUUCUAAAGCUGUCCCAAACUAUUGAUAAGAGACAUGGAGAUGAGGUGUAGGAGGGACAAAAGAGAAAGACAGCGAGAAAGGAGAGAAAACAGUAGGACUAUAGGUCACUUGGGACAUGUGAACUGUAUUUAGAUGGUCAUAUUGCUUGCCUGUCACCAGGGCAACAACUUUCUGCUUGAGAAAGCCACUAGAAGUAGCAAUCAGUAUUGACAACCAUAUUAUAUUCUGUCCUUCAAGUUACUUUCUUGAAAGACAUCAGUCCAAAUUUGAGUUCCUAGCAGCAUACUUGACCAUAGAGCAUGAGUAAAACCGUAGGUGUGCCUUUUAUCUGUUUGGUCUAAUGUAGGGAAAUAAAGAGUGCCUAAACUUAGAUCUGACAAAGAGGAGAUGAUCACUCUGGUCCCCAUCUGAUUAGGAAAUUCUACAGCUCUUUUCCCACCAACCCAUGUUUAUUUGGGAAGAAACAAUAGCUGGUAAAGUCUAUUUAUAUAUAAUAAAAUACAUCACAAUCUCAUUGACAUCCCUUGGAGUUCUCUUGUUUCAGUAUUUCUAUUUACUUUCUGUAACCUUACAUGCAAAAUGCCCUUAUGCAAACAAAUGCCUUUGUGUCCUUGUUGAACUGUAUGAUUUGUCCCUUGCUUGUAAAUACAGCAAUGUGAAUAAAAGCA